AUGAAAUCACUCAACACUGACAUUCUGACUUUUUGUUUGUUUGUUUGUUUCUUUUUCGUUCUUUUGAACAUAGCCUAUCAUUUCUCUUUUUGUGUCUCUUCAGGCAGGAGGCCAUCUCCCUCCUUCACUGAGAUCAGACUGGUUUUACUUGGGAAGACUGGUAGUGGAAAAAGCUCCACUGCCAAUUCCAUCUUGGGGCGUAAGGUCUUUGACGCAAAGGUCAGUAGCUCCUCAGGCACUCAGCGUUGUCGCAGGGCCAGUGGAGAAUUUCGUGGGCGACACCUGACACUCCUGGACACCCCAGGGCUGCUGGACACUCAUCAGACUCCACAGGAGGUGCAGAAGGAGCUAAGGAGGAGUGUUAGCCUCCUGUACCCUGGGCCCCACGUGUUCCUCCUUGUUGUUCAGAUCGGGAGGUUCACUCAGGAGGAGAAGGAGGCGGUGCGGCAGAUCAAACAGGCGAUGGGCUCUCUAGCUUUGAGGUUCUCAGUGGUGGUUUUUACCCAUGGAGACCUUCUGGAAGAAGGGACAUCUGUGAAGCAGGGUCUGAUAGACGGCUGCAGGGAUCUGGCUGAGCUAGUGGAAGAAUGUGGGGGCAGGUAUUGUGUCUUCAGCAACUAUAGCUCCAAGAGCAAGGAGCAGGUGUCUGAGCUGCUUGCCUUAGUGGACAGCAUGAUGCAGGGUAAUGAAGGAAGCUACUACACCAGCAAGAUUCUCCAGAUAGCAGAAGAAGAUCUGGAUCGGGAGCUGCAGGAGGAGAGGAGGCUGCUGGAGGAAAAGGAGGAGCUGUUAAAAAAGAAGCAGGAGGCUGCAAUCAAAGAAAGGUACAAAAGAGAGCUAAUGAUUUGUCAGCAAAAAAGCAAGAUGGAGAUGGAGGAGAUGAAGAAAAAACAGGAGCUAGAGAAGCAGAAUGGGGAGAAACUGGCGAGAAUUCGAGAGGAGGCCUUUAAAAGACAGUUGGAGGAGAAUGAAAAGAGGGAGAAGGAGAGGAAGAUACAAGAGAUGGUGAGAGUGAUGGAGAUAUGCAGACAGGAGGAGGAGAAGAGGGAAGUGCUUCACGAAAAGCUUAACAAAGUUACUAAAAUGCUGGAGGAGCAGGCUGAGUGCGAGGAGAAAACAAUAAGAGCAAUGGAGGAGAAGAUGCAAAUGGACAGAGUGGAAAACCAGAGGAAAGAGAGAGAGAAGGAACUUCAGCAAAUACAGAAGGAGCAGGCCAUCAGGCAGAGGGAGGAGAUGAAGAGAGAAGCUUUGCAGAAAGAGCUGGAUAAACUCUUGGAGGAGCAGAGCAGGAAGGACGAGGAGAGGAAAAAGCAAAUGGAGGACAUGCUCAGGCAUGAGAGGGAUGAAAAUCAGAGAGAAAGAGACAUACAAAUGGAGAACCAGAGAGCAGAGAAAAGGAGAACAGAGGCUCUGAGGCAGGAGCUAAAAGUCCUCAAAAUGAAGAUAGAGCAACAGAAAGCAAGAGAGGAAAGCCUCGAGAGGCAGCUGGAGGACAACCAACGCAGGGGGAGAGAAAAGUGCAACAAAGAAAUCACAAUGUUGAAAAAGCAGUGCGACAGGAAGUGUUCAGAGACAACCCAGAUGAGAUCUGCAGGGAAACACAGCAAAGUGACAACUGUGUCUGGAUAUGCGCAAGAGAUGGGACUGGUGGUUCUGAAUGCAGCUUUAGAAAGUAUUGGAGCUCCCUGUUGUAUACAGUAACAGGGAGAACAUUUCUAGUCUAUUUAUUAUUUUACACUUACUGUAUGUCAGGACAAAUAAACUCGUUAUAACUGUGUCUCCUUCAUGCACGUUUGGCCUGUGACCUUAAUUACGAGUAAUUUUUCAGGAAUGUAAUGGCACAAUAUGUUGUGACUUUUAAAUUAUCAUUAUUAUUAGAUACAACCAUUAACUCACAGUUAGGAAAAGAAAGGAAAUUAAUGCCCAUGUGAAAGCAAAUCAUUUCAACAAAUGGAUGUAAUUCCAGUGUGUCCUAAAUCAGCAAAUGCAUAAAAAUAGUACAAAUUCUCAAAAAUGAUGGAGAUAAUCUGAUUAUCAGAUCCCGCCCUCUGCUUCGGACUAUCUGUCUCUGUCUCCAUCAGCUAAAUCUGUAUUCAAACAAAACCCUGAUGCCAUUAAUAAAGAUCAAAUAUUG